UGAUUCCUUCAAACGCCUUCAAAAGUCUGUGUCCAGGUGCAUACUGACUGUUCCACAUUAUUCCCUUUUUCCACAACCAGAUAUUGAGCAACAGUUUCACGUGAAGCACUUGAAGGAGAUUAUUUCCGUAAUGGCUACAUGAUAUCCGACGUUUCACGGAUUUAACCCUGGAGUGGCAGCGGGACGACGGGGAUUCUGCACAAACCGGGGCCGCUGCCGAUCCAACUGCUGAUCUUAACCCCCGUUCCUGAACGACAUAUAGACAUGGAACGACCCGUUGGAACUGUGUUCCUGGCCAGACCUCUUGCGCUUUAACCAUCCACCAUGCGUUAUCUCUCCCUUCUAUCCGCCCUCGCCGCCACCGCACUAGCCCAGACGCCCCCGGGAAGCUACCCAUCCACCAACAAGAACUUUGGUGUCGCCUUUCCCAAUGCCACCGUGACCCCUGGUACCUGGGUGACCCCGGAUGACCUCACCAGCCAGCCAGCUAUCUAUGUCACCGAGAACCUGAACAAGGAUGCCACCUACAUGGUCGUGAUGCUCGACCUCAACAUCCCUGAUUCUGAUGUCACCACCGCCGCUUACUACGACACUCUCGUCCCCGGUUUGGCUGUCAACACCACCACCCGCCUGCACUGGUGGGGUGGCAACUACACUAUCCAGAACGGACGCUUCGUUAACUCCAGUGAUGCUAUCUCCGAGUAUACGGCUCCUCGUCCCCGCGACAGCACCAACCACACCUACACGUUGUAUCUGUUUGAUCAGCCCGAGGGAUAUGUGCCUUUUGAGGAGGCUGCGAACGGGACUUAUUACUCGCAGACUGCUUUUGCGCGGUUCAACUUCACUCUGGAGCCGAUUUUGAGGGCGGUUGGGGGGCCGGUUGCAGCUAAUUAUUUUUUGAGUGAUGAGAUCUAG